AUGACUCCAAAAGUGACGCAAAAGCAACAAGAGUUACAAAAAGCAAACUUAAAAAAAAAACAUAAUGAAGCUACGGCAACUCCAAAAGUGACGAAAAUUACUGAGACAGCAAUACACCAAAAUCUACGACGAUUCCAAAAGCGAUGUGAAAGCAACAAGAGUUGCAAAAAGCAAACCGAAAGAGAAAAACAUAACGAAGAUUACAUCAGAAAUGAUACCAAAGCUACGACAACUCCAAAAACAGUGAAAAUUGCUGAGACAGUGAUAUACCAAAAUCCACAACGACUCCAAAAGCGAUGCGAAAGCAACAAGAAUUACAAAAAGCAAACUGAAAGAAAAAACAUAAUGAAGGUUAGUACCAGGAACGAUACCAAAGCUACAGCAACUCCAAAAUCUACGAUGACUCCAAAAGCGACGCGAAAGCAACAAUAG